AUGAUUUCUAAAAUUUUCAAAACCAGAGGAGAUACUGACUUUAGAAAAGAAGUUGAAAAAGAUGAAGCUAUCGAAAAUGAAAAAAAAAAUGUUAAAAGAUGGAACUUUCAAAAAAUGAACCAGAAGAUAAUGGCUCUUGAAAGAAGUUGGAAUGAUGAACCAGAAAAAAGAUGGUUCUUUUUGAAAAAAAAUGAACCAGAAGAUAGUGAAGAUAAUGGUUCUAGGAAAGAAGUUGAAAAAGAUGAAGCAUUCGAAGAGGAAAAAGAUGGAACUUUUCAAAGUUGA